GUUAUGGAAGUAAUGACAAUUUUAAGUAUACUAUGUCUUUAAGAGAAGGUCAUUUGACUGCUCUAGGAUGUGAUGUAAUUUGAAUUUCUUCUUUUAAAUUCAGGUGAUGAAAGUAACUAAUUGUAACUGAUUAAGUCUCUUCAACUUAUUUUAAAAAGGAGACGAAAGUGCUUAUACAUUUGGAUAUUCUACAAUUUUUAACCUUGGAUUACAAUAAAAUUUUGGUGUGUUCAUAUAAACAUUUGCCUGCUCCAUUAUACUUUGUGAUUGACUAGUGGUUUCAGUUAAUAAAUAAUGCAAAUUAUGCAAAACAUAGGAAGAGUCAGUAGUGGCCAGCAGUAUAACCAAGUUGGGAAGCUUGAAGGGAGAAUGGGGCCAGUAUAAUUACUUGUUUGGAAAAAGAAAAUGAGCACACAACUCACCAGGAAAUACUUGUAAUGAACCAGUAAAACUAGCAUGUGGAAAGAACAGAAAGACUAAAUGGACCAUUUUUGUAGGUGGAAAAACUAAUGUAUAAAGCUGGAGGUGUAUGGGGUUCUGACUUUUUAUGUAAAAUGGAGUUCCAGGUGGCUACAUAUUCUAGGUGAAGCCAGGGAGAAGGUAAUAAAGGGAAGCCUACACUUGGUUUUAUGCACAAACCUAUAUAUAGGCGUGUGUUUGUGUAAAUGUGAUUUUGAUAUACAUGUAGGCAACAUAGUGAUACAGUAGUUAUCACUGUUGUCUUACAGCGCUUUAUCUGACUUAGUUUUCACCUGAGGUGUCUUCUGUGUGGAGUCUGCACAUAUUCAGGAUGCCUGUAUUUGUUUUUAGUAAGUGUUCCAGUCUCCCCCAAAAUCCAAAAUAUGUACUUUCAGAUUAACCAGUUCAAGUGAAGUUGGCUUACCUGGUUAACAAGUAAAACAAAAAAUAAAAAUGGUGAAGUACCAAACACCGUAGAAGGUGGUACUUGCUCUUCCUUGCUCACCAAAGAAAAUAGUGUUUUCCUUGGCAAUGGAAAUCAGAAAUCCAGUGGAUUUGUUUGGGUCUGGUCAUGUUGUAAAAGUCUCUGCCCCCAUGGUUCGGUAUUCAAAGUUACCCUUCAGAACUUUGGUGAGGAAGUAUGGCUGUGAACUUUGUUUUACACCAAUGAUUAUUGCAGUCGAUUUUCUGAGAUCAGCAAAAGCCAGAGACAGUGAAUUCACAACAAGUAAAGGUGACAGGCCCCUCAUUGUACAGUUUGCUGCCAAAGAUGCACAGGUACUGGCAGAAGCUGCUUGUACAGUGUCCCCAUUUGCAGAUGGUGUAGAUCUCAACUGUGGUUGCCCACAAAGGUGGGCUUUGGCAGAAGGAUAUGGUGCUUGUCUUCUGAACAAACCGGAGCUGAUCAAAGAUAUGGCAAGACAAGUCAGAAACCAAGUAGAAAACCCUUGUUUUUCAGUAUCUCUUAAAAUAAGAGUCCACAGUGACACUGCUAGAACUGUAGACCUAUGCCAAAAAGCUGCCAUGGCUGGAGUGUCAUGGAUAACUGUUCAUGGUAGGACAUCUGAGGAGAGACAUCACCCAGUACAUUAUGAUGCAAUCAGGAUAAUAAAGGAAAGUCUAUCUAUUCCUGUAGUGGCAAAUGGAGACUUGAAGAAUUUAAAGGAUGUCAGCAUGGUUCAUCAGUUAACUGGAGCUGAUGGUGUAAUGGCUGCAAGAGGACUUCUAGCAAACCCAGCAAUGUUUGCAGGGUAUGAAGAAACAUCAUUACAGUGCAUAAGAGACUGGAUUGAUAUUGCGUUGGGUCAUGGAACACCAUUCACAUGUUUUCAUCACCACUUAAUGUAUAUGAUGGAAAGAAUUACCUCAAGACAAGAAAAGAGAAUUUUUAAUGCUCUUACAAGUGCAUCAGCUGUGUUAGAUUACUUGAGAGAAAAUUACGGUAUUUAAUGUAUUAAAAUAUUAGCAUUUUAUUAUAAAUUAAAUUAUAACUUUGUAUUAUAAACAGGUUAAGUGCAAAACAUUCUGGACUUGUAAAGAGGACAGUUAAUGAACUUUCAUUAGAGAUUCUGUCAGAUGUGGAGAGCAGCUUCUGACCACAUGUGGUGAUGUUUACUUUCAUCGGCUAUAAAAAAAAAAAAUUCUGUUUUUAUGAUAAAAAAAUGGAACCAUACAUUUGUGGUAUCAUUCUUAAAUUUUAAAGUUAAGAUUUGCAUUUUAAAGUUUUCAAGCAUCCUUCUUUAUUAGCACUGCCCUGUUUUAAGAAAUCAAUGAGGCUGAAACAGGCUCAUAAACUCAGUGGACCACAGCUGCGAACCCUGGAAUAUUAAAACCACAGGUACCGCACAGUAGUGGUAGUAAUUCUGCUUCAGUGACAUAGUGGGUAAAGCCCUGACUGUGGUCCAGUCGAUCCCGGUUUGAUUAGCAUUUCUGGUGACUGACAGAGUGGCAGUUAAGAAUAUGUGUGCCCAUCCCAUGUGGAAGGGCAUUCGUCAGUGACAUUCCCUUAGAGAGGGCAUGGUCCAAAGACGGGAGUUAUCCUUGGAUGUAAUCAAUGAGUGUGGGUGAUGGGGCAGGGAAUGAAUAGGGUACAUAGAGAAAACUGUCCGUAAGAUGGAUGCAGAGAAAGCCGAGCCCUCAGAGCACCCUUAGGAUCCACAACUAGCCCCAGCAUUGCUGGACUUAGUCUGGGGGUAUAGGCGAUAAGCUGGUAGACCUGGUGUGGAUAUGGGACACUGGGGGCCAAAAACAUAGUUGCAGUAUCUCUUGAGUAUUCCUCCUACUCUGAGGAAUUUUAAAGGUGAAUAAAUAAGAGUUAUUUGUUAAGUACACAGGAUAGUUCUUCAAGUUUUAUAUGUAUAAGAAGCAAGAGUGUGGUGCGCAACUGCAAAAAAAAAAUACUUUAAGGGUGUAACUACGAGUUUCAGAAUUUAUUUUUAUGGAUUGUAGUUUUUCUCACACGUGAUACCCACAGUUUUGGGUCUUGCACUUGUAGUAGACAGCAAUGCAGUGAGCAUUCUAGAUUGAAGUUAAGUGAGUGACAAAAUUGCCUUGCUUAACUUGUAAUUUCCAUGUAAAUCUUGACUGUGAUACGGUAUUACCUUGUUUAACUUCCAUGUUCCCAUAAUAUCAAGUUAGGCAGCUCUUUCUCUCUGCCUAUAAUUCAAUUCAUUGUAUUAAGACUGAGUAAUCUUGCUUAAAUGCCAUUACGUUAUUUAGAUCAUGGGUAUGUAAAGACCAUGUUUUUUUAUAUUCGGAUGUGGCAUGCAUCGCAUGAUCUGCUAUAUUAUUGCUGGAUUCCUUUAAGCUAUGAAGAAUUCAAGGAAUUGCUUAAUUGUUGUCUCUCUCAUUUAAUUUGCAAUCAACACUGUGCAACAGUUAUGUUGCUGGUAUUCCAUAAAGUAGUUGGUUGUUUUAUCUUUUGUUGUACGUGCUGGAAUAUAUAAUGUUGUGGAGCUGUGGCUCACCUUUUUGUACAAAUUACACAAUUACUAUUUUGAGCAUACCUUUUUCAUGUGAGGCACAUCCUGCAGUGGAGUCUUAAGCCAUUAUGUACGCUGGGUAAUUAACAAGUGACUAGAGCAUUCUGAGAGAGUUUUUUGAGUCUUGAAAUGAUUCAUACAUAGCUAACUUAUCAGAAGGCACAUUGUGCUGUCUUAACACCAGUAUGUUUGUUUUUAGCUGUUAGAAAAGUGUGUGAGAAUUGCUAUAGUCUGCAUCCAUUGUGUUUGCAUAUUUUGAACAGUCUUCAUUUUAUUUUAAACUUCGAACAGAUAGGUUCUUGAGGAACAUUGAUCUUAUUGCCUUGUAAUUUGUAUUACAUCUUGUAAUGUUAUAUUGCUUUAAAUGAUUUUUGUCAUGUCUAGGAAAUACUGUACAUGACUCAGAGCUGUACAAUGUUUGGUAGGGUGGUAUUUUUUUAACUGAUAAUAGAUCAUUGCAAUUCAGAGCCCUUGUGACCCUUUAUCCUGCUUUUUGAAAUUGGGGGUUUUAUUUUUUGGCCACACAAUAAAGUCAGUACUAGAACCAA